GCCAUUUUAACCGGCGAUCGAGGCGCCCCCUGCAUUCUCUGUGCGUUUUCGGCUAAGCCCGAAAGGUGUGCACGUAUUGUGUGUUUGCGAAUUGCCAAUCGUAAAACAACAGGUUUUCGGUGAAAACGGAGUUUCUCUAUUAUGACAUUUGAGUCAGCCCAAAAUGGAAAAGGUCUAGUGCAGCAAGUGGCUGCUCUAGACUUGAAAGGCGAUUCAGGCCAGGGUUCCCAGUCACAAGGAAACUCGGCUAAGCCUGCCAAGUACGUCCCCCCUGCACUACGUGGAGGGGGCGGAGGUGGUAAUCCUCCGCCAGCUGAUUUCGGACCAGGACCUGACCGUCGAGGCGGCGAUAAGGGAGGCCCCCGAGGCUACGGUGGAGGAUUUGGGGCUCGCGACGGAGGCAGGAGAGACGGGCUGCCCAGAGACAACUACGGCCGCAGCGGAGGUUUCGGUGGACGGGACGGCGGUGGCCGUUACGACAACGGUCGCCGAGACUUCGGUGGUUCGAGUUGGCGUAGCGGUGGAGACGACUAUCGCGACAAUAAUCGAGGCAGCGAUUUUGGCCGAGGCGGGGGCGGCGGCUAUGGAGGCCGAGGUUCGGGAGGCGGUUAUGGCGGCCGUGACGGUGGUCGAGGAGGAAGCCGCUGGAAUGAUCACUGUGAUGAUUGGACAAAGGCUUUGGAGCGUGACGAAGCCUUGGAACACAAGUUGUUUGGGGCACCUCACGCCGGUCGGACGAGCUCUGGGAUAAACUUUGAAAAGUACGAGGACAUUCCCGUCGACGUCUCUGGCAAUGAUCCUCCGCCGCCAAUUGACACCUUCAAUGACUGCGGCACGAUCUGCGAGUUGCUUCGAGGCAACAUCGAAUUAGCUAAUUACACGGUACCGACGCCCGUGCAGAAGUAUGCCAUCCCCAUUGUCAUGGCUCACCGUGACCUUAUGGCCUGUGCGCAGACAGGCUCGGGCAAGACUGCAGCUUUCCUCAUACCAUCUAUUAACAAGCUGCUGGUCGACGGCCCCCCUGAACGUAUCCCACCACCGCAGAAGUUCACUACGCGCCAGAAGCAGUAUCCUCUUGCGCUGAUUCUCUCGCCGACACGUGAGCUGGCCCAGCAAAUUUACGACGAAGCGUGCAAGUUCUCGUACCGCAGCCGUGUGCGAGCUUGCGUCGUAUACGGUGGCGCUGAGCCGGUGCAACAGAUGAAAGAUCUAGAUAAAGGUUGCCAAUUACUAGUGGCCACUCCUGGCCGUCUGCUCGAUAUGAUUGAGCGAGGUAAGGUGGCGCUUGACCUUGUACGGUUCCUCGUGCUCGACGAGGCUGAUCGUAUGCUCGACAUGGGUUUUGAACCGCAAAUUAAGAAGAUCGUUUACGACACUCAGAUGCCGGAGACAGGUGACCGUCAAACACUGAUGUUCUCGGCCACUUUCCCCAAGAAAGUUCAGGAGCUGGCCACUAGCUUCCUACACGACUACAUUUUCCUUGCCGUUGGAAGAGUGGGCUCCACUUCGGAGAACAUCACUCAAAAGAUUGUGUGGGUUGAUGAGCACGACAAGAGGGAGUUCCUGCUGGACCUUUUGGAGGCCGCGGGACUGCGCUGUGGUCCCGACGGUUUGGCGCCCGAAGCGGCGGAGACCCUGACACUGGUCUUCGUAGAAACGAAGAAGGGCGCCGACAGCCUGGAGAACUUCCUCCUGAAAGAAGGCUACCCCGUCACGUCAAUUCACGGCGACAGGAGUCAGGGAGAGCGCGAAGAUGCCCUGCGAAGCUUCCGCAAGGGCCAUACGCCUAUCAUUGUAGCAACAGCUGUGGCCGCCCGAGGCUUGGAUAUCCCCAACGUUAAACACGUCAUCAAUUUCGAUCUCCCGACCGACAUCGAGGAAUACGUGCACCGCAUUGGUCGUACUGGCCGUGUGGGUAACCUCGGACUGGCGACAUCGUUCUUUAACGACAAGAACCGCAAUCUGGCUUCGGAUCUAGCUGAGCUUCUUCAAGAAGCAAAGCAGGAACGCCCGGACUGGCUUCUAGGUCUCGCGAAGGAGGAGAGCCGCGGCUUCGGUCGCAGUGGUCGCAGUGGCGGCGGCAGCAGCAAUCGCCGUUUCACCAGCGGAGGAUUUGCUUCCCGAGAUUAUCGUCAGGGCAACUUUGUAAGUCGCAAUACCAACAGCAGCGGCGGCGGUGGGGGUCCAACCGGUGGACGUGGAAGUAGCUCGUCGUCUGGGAGCCAUCGUAAUGGUUUCGGAAGUUUUGGCUACGGCGGAAGUGGCUAUGGUGGCGGUGGCUUUGGUGGAGGCUCUGCCUCAAGCGAGUGGUGGGAUUAAAUGUGGGAUUAGAACGAAAAAGAAAGCAGCGAAUUCUCCACAAAGACGACGACGACGGCGGCGGCGAUGACAUCAACAUCAACACCUACAAGAACAGCAGCAAUCAAUAAAAAUACGCGGCAAAACGACACGUUUUUGAUGUUGCGCGCACUUAUUUCGAUUGGCAGUUAAUGCCGUGGAGAGACAACAGACACAUUCGUCUGACAAAACAGCGACAACAAAAACGCGUAACGAGAAUGAAAGGGAAAAUACGACGUGGGAAAAAAGCGAGUUCUUCUGUGGUAAAUGGUCUUCGGUGUAAUCGUCUCUCAUAUAUACUAAUAAGUAAACAUGGAAAAAUUCGACGACCAAUUAAUCAAUCAAUCGAACCAGUCGAUGACACCACUCGAAACGAAGCAAGCAAAACACAAAUAGAAGCUUACUCCUGAUGAAAAUGUGAUUAUGACGCCAAUUAUAAUAAAUGUCAAUAAGCAAUCUAGUACUGUCGACAAAUAAAACUGCAUAACAUCAACAACCCGCAAAACGACGGCAACAAAUCCAUUAGAGAUGUAAUACAUUACAGUGAAUGAAUGACGAAGUUAGUAAAUAAAUUGCAAUAGCAAUUGGACGGUGCGGCAGGUAAUAUAAAUUGUUCAUAUGACGGCGGCAGCGCAGCACACCCUUUUCAACAAAAAAACUUUUUUCAUUUUUCUUGUGCGCGAAAUUAAGGUGAGUUCAGAGAAACAUACGUGUUCAGAGUAACAUACACGUUACUAAUGAAGGAGGCACUCGGGUCACGCGUUGCUAGUCGAGGAACCAUUCGGGAGAUUUGGUAUGGUAUAUAUAUAUAUUGUAUGAUAAUAUUUAGUGAGAUCCGUAGAACGGUGGAAGUCUGUUAGGAGGAGAAAUGGACAGAAGGGCAAAGAUGUUCGCCAUAGUUGUUUUAUUGCUGCAGGUGCGCGCGUCUCCUUUUAUAUUAUCACAAAUGCCGCUAUUGUCUCUAAUUGCUGCCAUUAUAUUGUCUGUUCUAAUAACUGUAGAGAAAUAAAUCUAGAACGCAACGAUGGAUGAAAGGAAACAGGGAAAUAGAAGGCAUACUAAGAUGAAAGGGGCAGACAAACGCCGCCGUUGAAACACUGCAGCGGUUUGGUAACGACAGCACCAGACCGCACUAUUCUUAGUUUGUAAUCCGCUAAGCUGAUAUCCUCUAUUAUAAUUACUAUUCUAUUAUCUAAUUGUACGAAUAUCUUCGUGUCUCAGUUAUACUAAAGUACAGUAACACCUGACUCGAUUUAAAAAAAAAAGCCGAACUUCAAUAGAAAGCCAGACCAACCGACACCGAACACACAGCUGGAUCUCUUGAGACCGCUGAAGUAUGUUGAACAUUCAUUGAGACAUUAGUUUACUAUCACUACAAUCUAUAUAAUGAAACAACACAGUAACAGCAAAUUGAGCUCCACAACGCGACGUGGCACAGGAAUGUGAUUGUCUAUUUAACGUGAAUAUAGGUGACGUCGGAUGGUGAAUAGAGCAACGAAAAAAAACAUUUGCAGUAACAGUACUGGUGCCCAGUGGGCAUUUAAACAGAAAAAACACCUCAUGGAUUUUGGCAGAAAGAGACUCUGUGAGGUUUCCGCGCGGGUGCCAGUUCCUUGCUGCAGCCUGCCACUGCGGUGACCCCGCAGUCCAGAUCAGACUGAUUAACGACCCUGGUGCGAAUGACAACGGACGUGUUACGUCUUUCCGUUGCAUUGCAAAACAAUUACAACGUUCUACGACCACCAAUCCAGAAUUAAUUGGAUUAGUCGCCGGUAGGUGGCGCAGGUGGGCGAUCUCGACCUAUAGCGAUCAUGCUAAGCACUGCUUUAUUGAUUAUUGCGACUUCUCCAGUAAAAUAAUUACAAGUCGAAAUAACUCUAAGACUGCUACAACGCCGAACUGAACGAGAGCUUUGAUGGUCAGUUCUGUUGUACAGUUGAAGAGAAUGCACGGACAAGUUUGGAGGAGAGAAUAGUGCUUGACGACGCUACUAAUCCUUGUACAUUGACUGAUCGCUACUUUGUGUAAUGUAUAAAGAGGAAGGUGAGCUAAAGGACGAAGAAAAACAAAAGCUAGGAAUUAUUAGGGAAUUUCCACAUGAAUGGGAACACAGAUAAUAAAAAGACUAAUAAUAUACAUAGUCCCAUUGUUCCUACUCUUGUCGCGAGAGAAUGAGAAAGAAAGAGCAAGCGAAAUAGCGAAACAACGAAAAAGAGAAAAUCCAAGAGUGCGGCGUAUUAAAUGUGUAGAAAAAGUCCAACGAUAAUAAUCAUGACAAUGCUAAUAAUAACAAAUGUCGUCUGACUGGGCUGCCGUUACCGUAUUGGUUGUUCUUACUACUACUACUACUACUACUACAACGACUGAGAUUGACUAUUGCAAGGAGGAAUGUAGCGACACGAGCGAUAGGGAAGUUGAGAACGAUGCGAGGAAUAAACAUUAUCUACAAUGAUCAACUAUGGGACAACGAGAAGAAUGCUGCUAAAAAUAAUGAUAUGUAGUAAAGAUAUUAAUAACGAUAAUAGGAGGUACUAAAACGUGAUUAAUAAUAAAGGCGAGACACACAGUUAUCUCGAGACGAGGACGGGACGGGCUUUGAAGACAUCAUUCUAGGUGAAGCUUGUCAAAGUGCCCACUGUAAAAGAGCAUAAAGGAUUGUGCUGUAUUUUGUUUUCUCUUUUUACUUACGGGUUGCAGUUCGUGCGCCCGCGAGUGAGCAGCAUCGGUUGCCUACAACAGCAUCGAUAAGCGUACGAAUCAAUCUGUGUGACUAGAGCGAAGUGGUGGAGAUUUAACAAAUGUUCAUGAAAACGAUUAAAAGAAGCGGAUAGGUGGGACACAAUAAAGACGUUCUAGCAAUGAUAAUGAAACUGGGGCAACACUGAAUGAAAAUAAGGCAGAAAAAAGAGUCGGGAGGUAUUACUGUAUAUACUGCUGUAUUAUGCCUAUCACACUCAUCGUCAUGAAUAUCAUAUAAUUACAUUAUAUAUUACUACGCAUGCGCGCAUACACGCGACGACGACGACGACGACGACGACAACAACAACAACAACAAUUACACUACAACACAUCAAGUAAAAAGCAAAACAAAAUAGCUAUGAAUAACCUCGGUCGGCGUCG